AUGUUCUGGCAUCCAAACCUCGCCGGAAUUUUAAAGGAGUUGCUUGAAAAAGGCGUAUUUUACAGCGAAUACUCCGCAAAGGAACUCUUCCCCGAACUUUUCGGUUCCGCGCAAUCAGAGAAAAACACGGAGAUCGCGUCCCAAAUAGAGUCGACAAUGUUUGGCUGUACCGUUCAGGCAUCGCUCAACGGAGACGAUGAGCAUUCCAAGGAGCUAAUGGAGUCUCUGAAAGGGCUUUACACCAGUGGUAGAUACUCCGACCUCGCAAUAACCUGCCAAGGGAAGAGCUAUCGAGUGCAUAAAGCUAUUGUUUGCCCAAGAUCUGGCUUCUUCGCCGCGGCUUGCAAUGGACAGUUCAAGGCUAGUCGUUGUGAGGCGUCGGAGGGAAGGAUUGACCUCCCGGACGAUGAUCCCGAGGCAGUCGAUGCGAUGAUUAGCUAUUUCUAUCGCCUCAACUAUGACCUGAACUGGGUUGACUCGUCUCGAGAGGAUGAGGACGGAGCUGCCGAAACGGCUACGUUCGAGGAGGCACCCGCAAAUUCGAGUUUGGCGUCACGGACACGUCCUGAGCUUGUAGCUCACGCCAAGGUUUAUAUACUCUCCGAGAAAUAUCUCGUUGGUGGGCUUAAGGCCCUUGCGCUUCAGAAGUUCGCAACUUCGGUUUGCAACCACUUGGACGUCGAUGACUUCCUUCCCGCAAUCCAAGAGGUGUACAACUUUACCUCGGAGAAUGACAGGGGUCUCAGGGACGUCAUAACGGAAGAUCUGUCCCAGGUUGAUGAUCGAAAGUUCGACAACUAUUCAUCUGCCUAUCGCUACUGCCUCGAUCAUCAUGACCACCCGGACGACCACUAUGGCACUGUUGACGAGCCUGAUCCGUCUCCGGAUGAGGAGGAGUUUGAGCCAGGGGGGCACGCCGGGGAGAUUACCCUCGAGGACUGGCAGGAGACGGGUGAAGACACUCGGCGGGCUGAUGUUUGA